GGUUUGUGAAAGCACGGAGCUGUGAGAUGUGCCUCCACACUGCUCUCUGUACUCACACACAGACUGUAAUAAGGGCUAACAUUACACUCUGAAGCAAACUCUGGAGACCACUCUGCCUCACGCUGUAAUAGGGUCCCUAAACGGUAUUGGAAGAGUGGAGUGGUGGAAGCAGAAUCGUCUUCUUCAAUUGGGAUUAGGAGCGAGGUGUGAAGUCCACAUUUUAUAGGACCUGGAUUCAGUGUGUACACCAUGACGUCUAAACCUCACCCUCCUCUGAUGAAGAAGCACAGUCAGACAGACCUGAUAAGUCGUCUGAAGAGCCGGAAGAUCCUUGGAGUCGGCGGUGAGGAUGAUGAUGGCGAAGUGCACCGCUCAAAGAUCAGCCAGAUGCUCGGAAAUGAGAUGAAGUUUGCGGUGCGAGAGCCUGUCGGGCUGAGGAUGUGGAUGCUAAUCUCUGCAGUGGGUUUCACAGUUAUGGGCCUGAUGGCCCUUGUGUUUCCAAACCAGCUAUAUGAGGUUGUUUUUGAGGAGGAGCUCUCCACGACUAACAUCUCUGUCCGUCUAUACGGAGGAGCAUUGCUCAGCCUGGCCCUCAUCAUGUGGAAUGGUCUCUACACAGUAGAGAAAAUCAUCAUCCAGUGGACUCUGCUCAGUGAAGCCUGCUACUUUGCUGUCCAGUUUCUAGUGACAUCCAUCACCUUAAUGGAGAUUGGCAUCCUGCCCAAUGCUGCUUUGCUGCUGCUCCUCAGCCGAGUGCUCUUCCUGGUGGUCACCAUGGCUUACUACUACCACCUGGGCCGUAAACCCAAGAAGAUCUGAGCGGACUGUGCGACACUUCCAGGGAGGGGACAUCUGAGUACAGAUCACAAACAUGGGGUUAGAAGGUUUGGGAUAUGAAUUGAUCAGGGUUUGGAGCAUUCCUUUUCCAGUGUAUGCCCCCCCACCACCACCACCACCACCAACAUGGGACCUACCUUAUAUUAACACCCAGUAUUCAAUGGAUAAGCACAGCGUCACAUUCCAGUCUCUACUACCAGAACGACAAAACCUCAUAGUGAAAGUGAAUUACUCUUUCACUGGGCUGUGAGGUCAAGCCCCUCUUGAGACACAUUCCUCUAAGUAUACAGAAGAAGCGAGCAGUCUGUUGUGCAUUGUGUCACUAGGUUAUAUGAUUUUAUUUGAACAGUACAGAGUCAUUUCACACAUCAGACUGUGUUUUAUGUGCACAAAAAUGAUUUCCAAAUUCAGUAUUAAGUGUUAGCUGACUAUUUAUUCUGAAUCACACUCAAGGACCAUGCUAUGUGCUACUCUUUGUUUUCUGCUUGUAGCUGUGGGUGUUAACUCGUACUGUAUGUAUGCCAAAGUCAAGCCUGAACAUCUGUACUCUUGUAUGCUUCCCUGACAGUUGUCCAGUGCACACAUCGAAUGGAUAAAUGUGUUCAAUUCAGGUCCAGUCAGUUAAGCUAAACUUAGCACACAAUCCAACUGCUAAAGUUAACUUAUACUCAAUAAUGCCAGAUUUAACUUCCCCAACAGCAAUUGGUGAAUCCAAACAUUUUUCUGUGACAUGAGUGAUUUCUUUCUUUUAUUCGUUGAGAUAUCAUUUAAGAAACUUCUACCAAAGUGAAUAGGACAUGUUUUGUACCGCAAAUUUAAGCUACAGAGAUUAAUACAUUUAAUGUUGAUAAAAGAACAUGUACACUGACUUGUAGAAAAGAAGCAGCUUACUUCUGUCCCUGUUGUGUGUACACUGUAAGGCAGGACUUUGACCUGAGCAAUCUUACAGAAAGUUUCCAACGUUCUGACCUUUACUGCAAAGCUAGUUUCACAAGCCGAGCAUGUCAGUGUGUAGAGCAAACAAACCUGACGAUUCUCUUCUGUGAUGUAGCACAGUUUCUUUUUUUUUUACAAACACCAUAUCCGUAGCCUUGCCUUAAAACUACUUAAAGAACACUGCAUCCUAAUUCUCUUGUAUAUAUGUAAAUAAUAGUAUUUCCUAUGACGUGGUGUUCUUGUGGGCCGAACAGGGAACUUGUUCAGUAUUAGUUAAAUGAUUUUCUCUUUCUCUUUCUCUUGGCAUGUGUUGGUUUUUUUUGUACCUAUUUAAAUGAAUUUGUGUUUUUGAUGUCUUGCAUGCGAAAUUAUCCAGCUAAAGAAAUAGCUUCAACUGUGUAGCGAGCUGCCACCAUCUAGAACACAAAUAGCAAUGAAUGGUAACAUAAACUAGAAUUGGUGAAGAGCCCAAACAAUUGAACCCUUGAUUUAAAAGGCAGUUUACCUCAACAUGCUUUGAAUCAUGUAAUCCAACACUCGAUAGACUUGCACCAAAUUGACAUAUUAAGUACAUUUUCUACCUCCCGAUACUAGCCACUCCCCUCAGAUACACACAUCCAACUUCAAAGGCAGUGCCAGCGGUGAUAAUUUGUCAACUCUGAUUUCUGCGAAACAGGCACAAAGCCUCCUAAAGAUAGUUGACCCAUUUUGUAAAUUUAACUUGAAACACCAUUUUGAAACAAGAAACAUACUGUAGGUCUCCUCCAAAGGUGGUCCAUGAUGUCGCAAAUGACCACGUUGAGUCCUGCCCUAAAAGGGAGUGGUCCUGAGGUCAGAGUGAUUGAUGGUUUGCAGUGGGGAGUCCAGUGCUGCAGGCAGAUGUGCUUGUUAACUUGGACGAUAUUUCAGUUCAGAUAGGGGACGUGAAACAUGGGUGAGGUCUCCUGUACUCCUCAAAGUUGUAAUUACCCUUUUUUCCAGUGUUUAAUUAGAUAUAGCUCUCCUGACUGACAUUGUGUGCCCCAACCUACUGCUCAGUCCUGACUAGCAUAGUAAUUAUGGAGUUCAAGAGAAAUGUCGUUCCAUUUCCGUCAAUACAGCUAGCCUCAAAUCAUCAGCCUCACGAAACGUUCAAAGCAGCUUAUUUUCGUAGAGAUGGGCAGUUUUUUGGGGGGACGUGCAGAGGAAGGGAGGCAAAGAAACAGCUCUUUCAUCCUCCUGGUUCUCUGACGUCAAAAAGUCCGAACUUCACAUUGGUAACUUGGUAAGUUGAGCUAUUUAUUCCUACUGCUAUAGAUCCAACUGCUAUGGUGUCCUGUUGUGAAUAGCAUACAAGGUCAAUUUGUUUCAAGUUGUAGCAAUGUGUUUUUAAUGUAUAUAUGUGCUAUAUUGUACUUUAGAAAAUGAACUGUUAUGGAUUUCCACCAUUUAGAAAUAAAGAACACAAUUGUUUAUUUUGAA